UUUAAAAGCUCGCUUCAGUAAAGAACCGAUCAUUAGUUGACUCUCUCAGAAGAAACUUUCAGUUCCCUUUUUUAAGUCGAAAAGGGAGACUUUGUGAAGAUCGCUGAACGUCACUUUAUAGAAGAGGUUAAAACGCUCAGCCAAUUUUACAGUCUAAGGCAUUCUGCAAAUCGUAGGAGGUCCAUCAUGUACAGAGUUGUCAGAUCAAGGCUUCUUCACAUCUUUCUACUUCUGGUGUUGGUGAACCAAGUUUCACCUAUGAAUAUCAAAAUAGGUGCCUUAUACAGCAAAAACUCCGAAAGGCUUUUCAAGUUACUCGAAUACCUUUUGGCACACGAGCCACGGGAGCUUACCUUAAAAAAGACUUUCAUAUUGCAACUAGUGCCACUGAACGUUGAUGGUGAAGAUCUCCUCUCUCAAGAUGUGGCGAGGAAAUUAAGUUCUGUAUACGCUAUCAUUGACCUUGAUUGUAAGAACGAAAACGUUCUUGCUCUGAGCUCCCUUCUUCAAAGACCUUUGGUUAAAGUAGACAACAUUGACGAAGAAACGCCACACAAGUACGCGUUAUCAGUGAGACCGUCGUAUCGUGAUGUCUGUGAUGCUCUGUUUGAUAUGAUAAAGUUCUACUCAUUCACAAAAGUAGCCGUUGUUUAUGAUGCUCGCAAAGCGAGGCAGGCGUCUUUGUUCUUUGCAAAGGUUCGCAAGUGGCCAAGGUAUAAUGCAGAAAUGAUGCCAGAGCUUCCUCUAAACAAUCAGUACAAAGUGAGAGAGGCUCUCACAGCCUUACUGAAGGCACAUAUCAAACAAGUCGUUCUAUUUGCUGAUCAGAAGGACUUGGCAACCAUAAUGAACGAGGCACUAUUUGUGGGAAUCAAUGACAAAGACUUGAAGUGGAUAGCCUCAGAUCUGGAAGUGGCAGGUCCAAACAAGACUUACCCCUCCAUUCGCGGUCUGGUUGGACUGAGUCUUCAUCUCAGUAACACCACAGCGGCGAAGAGAUUAGAAAAUAUAUCAAAAAAUAAAGUCACUGUGCCUCGUGGAGCAAACAACUACUCAUCGGAAGGGGCUGUUUUUAUUGAAAGAAGAUGUUAG